AAGGCCACAAGUCUUGGAAGUUCCAAGUUGGAACACAGACUUGCUUCGAAGGAAGCGUGGAUAAGAUUGGACAGUUAAUGUCCUACUUGUGUACACAUUUACAAACCUGAAGUGAAAAGCCCGAAGCACACUGCUGCUAGUAAAAUAUUGGAAGAACCUGAUUUAAGAAGAAAGGAAGGCUGGGCAGAGUCGGCAACCUCCUGGGUUGUUUGUUUGUCAACUUCUAGUCAGCACUAUUUGAAGCAAAGGACGGAUUGUAAGGUUAAAGGAACGUCUCUCUCCCUGCCCCCGGGACAUCUGCUUGGAGAAUAGGCCGCGCUGCCUGGUUCCUUCAGGCAAGCAAGGGUUAAGCUUGCAAGGCGUCUCCGGGCUGCCCUAGGGGGUUGGCCAUUGCUGCUGCUGCCGCCUCCUCCUGAUCAAGAGAGAAAGCAGCAGCUGGGGUUGGGCAGCCAAGCUCAGCCGAAGCCACAUCGACUGUAUUUUCCGCGGCACGCAAGACUAGCCAGGCGUUGCUAGCAGGGCUCCAGUUGCAGGUUCUGUGAAAAGAGAAGAUGGGGUCUGGUUGUCUGAAAGUCACAAAAUACUUCCUUUUUCUCUUCAAUCUCCUCUUCUUUAUCUUGGGUGCCGUGAUCCUGGGCUUUGGAAUAUGGAUUUUGGUCGACAAAAGCAGCUUCAUUUCAGUUCUGCAGAACUCAUCACACUCAUUAAAAGUUGGAGCAUUCAUUCUCAUUGGAGUUGGGUCUGUCACCAUGUUGAUGGGGUUCUUGGGCUGUAUUGGAGCAGUCAAUGAGAUUCGGUGUCUCUUGGGACUGUACUUCACUUGCCUGUUGCUGAUCCUCCUAGCCCAGAUAGCCGUUGGCGUGCUCAUCUACACUCAACAAGAAACACUCAGAAAUGAAAUGUCUGAUAUCGUCGUUGGCCUCAUCCGGAACUACAAUCCUAAUGAUGAAACCAAUAGGACCAUUGAAGAUGCAUGGGACUAUGUCCAGUUACAGCUGUCUUGCUGUGGAUGGAAUGGACCAGAUGACUGGAAAAACAACACAAUCCUCCUGAAGAGCAACCAGACCUACUACCCUUGCUCUUGCAGUAUUGAGUCUGACUCCAGUAAAAAUGGGGGCUUCUGUGACUUCAGUAUUCCUGUAAAUUCAACAUCUGAUGUCUGGCCAGUUCACAACCAGGAGUGCCAGACAGGUGUGAAGAUCUGGGUAAAAGAUAACCUUGGUGUCAUUCUUGGCGUCUGCUCGGGGGUUGCUUUUAUUGAGCUGCUGGGAAUGGUGCUCUCCAUUUGCCUCUGCAAAAACAUUCACACUGAAGACUACACCAAAGUGCCCAAGUACUGAGACUGCUGUCAUUGGGUGCUGCCCGAGAGCAAAUGGAACAUGUCCUUCCUCAUACCUGGACUGUCUGCAUCACUUACCAUUCCUCCUGUGGCAUCCAGCACUGCUGUGGAUCAGUUAGGCUGCACUGCAGCUAUGAGUUCUUUGAGGGAUCAGGGGCUUGGGCAGCCCCCUCCUCUCUUGAUGGUUCUUCUAUGAAGCAGGCCACUUAAGUCUUCCUCUACUUGUGCAAUGCCCUGCACCUUUACUGACAGCACUGUGCUAGAUAGUCCUUUCCUUAUUUUUAUCUACUUCUGACCAAUUGUGAUUAGGGUUAGACAGCCUUCCUGCAGUUCUUUACUAUCAUUGCUAUGUGUACACUACCUUUGCAUCCCACUCAGUCAGGAAGAAUCUUCAGGGCUUUGGCUAAUGUUGGUGGCUUGGUAGUGGGUCUGUGUGCUUCCCCCCCACUCCCCGCCCUUUAACACCUCUGCCUUUCACAACUUCGCUUCCUCAAACACCAAUUACUCCUCUUUGCUUACUGCUCAGUCUUUGGUGACAUCCAUCAGUUUCAGCUUGGGCUCAGCUGCAAGCUUUUGCUUUCUUCACCAGUUACCCCCUCUGGACAGGAGUGUGUGGCUUGGGUGAUCGGAAUUCUCUCUCCUCUGCCACACUCUUCUUCUCCCUGGAUCCUGUUAGCUUGGAGGCACUUUACAGACUGUGUGUGACAUGUGCAAGACUGAGUAUGUGCAAGUUCAUUGGGAUAUGUUCCUGGGUUGCCAAUUUUUAUAGAGGUGAGGAUUGAGACCACAUAUAUGUAUUUCUUCCAGUAUAGGUUUUCUGUGGUUAUGUUUUGUGUUGUGUUAAGAAAAUGUUGGCUUUUCAUACCAACAAGGGGAGGGUGGGGAAGCACCACUGCUGCAGGACAUGAGCAAUGAGUCUUUUUGUUCCUUCUGUUAUACGUGCAUAUCUGGUUGGGUGACGUAUGAACCUGGAGUAACUAAGAUUGCCACCUGAAUCACGAGGCCCCUGAAAUAGGGAGACACUAUGAGGGUAUUUGGUGUGUUCACAGGGAGGAGUUUCUGCACCCAAUAGCUAGUCUAGUGAUUCUGUUUUAGGUGAGAGGGCAAUGGUAUCUCUUCAGUAGAAUCCCUUACUUUGGGUUGGGGAAUGGGAAAGGUUGGUACUCAGUAGUGGUUGCAUUCAGAGCUGUAGAUUCCACAACCCGCAUGGCAAUGAAUGUGGCAUGGAAGGCAUCCACUUCAAAGAACUAGUUAUGGAAAGUUGAGUAAAAUUGGACAAAGGAUCUUCAUAAUCUUCCAUGUAUUAAAAGUUCUUGACUUCCACGAAUAUGCAGGUCAGUGCGUCUGGGCACUGUUGCCAUGUUCCAGCUGAGCACAGGAAGCUUCAUGGGAGGGAUAUCUACAAAUCAACGGUUAAACCAUUGUCCCGAGGGGAAAAUUGAAUGAGCUUCAUGCUAAUAGCCAAUAUCAGCCCUGUCAAGAGGAUCUUCAUGCACCCUCAGGACACACAUGCUAUUAUUUCUUAAGGGAUUAUUGACAAUAACAAAUACAGGAGGAGACUGGUGUUUAUAAUUUUGCUUUGGUUAAACUUAGUUUACUUUCUGUGCAGUGAGAGCUGGAUAAUUGAUGGAGGAUAUUCUCAAUCCUUCAUAUUGUUGAACAGAACUUUAAUGUUGGUAAAGAAGAAAGUUGCAAGUCUCCAAGGUUCAUGGGAGUGACCUCUUGAGCUCCCUCUUACUACUUCCAUUCUGGUAACUGCUUUUCAAAUUGGUUGUAAAACUAGGUUUUAUAUUCACCUUUUGUGCUUCAAUUGAUACGCUGCUUCAUUGAUAAGCUGUUUUUGCUAUGGUUCUUGUUCUCUUGGAUUCAGCUCGAGAAAAAGAAAAGCUGAGCCCCUUCUGGAUUUUUACUUUGUUUUUAGAAACCUCUUCCAAAUGGAAGAAAUGCAUGUACAGAUUCAAACAAAUAAUGGGUGGGUAUUUCAGUAAUAAAAAUAUUUGCUUAAAAAAAUCACAAA